AUGGCAUCUUCGACACCACAGCCAGGUACAGUUGAGGCGCCUGUCAACAUCGAGCAACUGACCUACAGCGACUGGGCGAAGCCUGAUUACAAGCUGCCGCUUCCAGCGCUCCAAUUCCUCUUCCAUCUCGAAUGUGAUAUGGAAUCCUUCAGGCACAUUGGAAACGGCCCCCACGGUGACAGGUCUACUGUGAUAUUCAAAGGCGGUCGGUUCGAGGGUCCACGCCUAAAGGGCAAGAUCCUUCCUGGUGGCGGAGACUGGGAGAUUGUACGGGACCACGACGGAGAUCAGCAAACAGCUCACUUGGACACAAGAUACAACCUGCAGACACAUGACGGAGCGACGAUUUAUCUGCGCACGACAGGAACGAGGACAGGAAAGAAGGAGGUAUUGGAGAAGCUCGGAGAAGGUAAGAUCGGUCCUGAUCAGUUCAGAAUGCGAUUGCACCUUACCUUCGAGACUGGCGAUGAGAGAUACACUUGGCUCAACUCGGCCGUCUUUAUCGCGAGCUCUGGGCGCGUUGGUGACAUGGUCAUCUACGACGCUUACCAAGUCCUUUGA